GUUUAGAGCACUGGGGACGAGUCAAGAGAUUUUGGCUGUCAGCGGUAUGUUUCCGAGGCUUUCGAACAGUAAACAUAGAGAGAGUUGUCAAACAAUUUCGCUGCAAAAUGGUCAAAGAAUUGUUUGAAGUUGCAACCAAGGGGGAUAUUGAAAGACUCCGAGAGCUUUUUGAGGAUCCAGAGAGUAUAUUUUCCACGGAUCCGGCACAAGCAUUGAACAAAAGAGACAAAGAUGGCAAGUCAGCCCUGGACAUAGCAGCCAUGUUGGGACGCAAAGAAAUUGUUCGAGAACUUCUAGAACGCGGGGCUCAAAUCAAUAGUCAGACCAAGAAAGGUUAUACAGCCUUGCACAGAGCUGCAUCCUGGGGCCAUCCUGACUGUCUGAGGGUCUUGGUAACAAAUGGAGCAGACCUGCAGAUACGAAAUGCACAUGGCGAGAGAGCCCGAGAAGCAGCAGCCCGUUACAAAAAGGACACCUGUGUGGAUUAUCUUGACCGAGCAGAGGCACAACAGGCCCUUUUAUCAGUUAUAACUGCAACUAAGGAGACAAUAUCUGAUCCUGAGAAGCACAUGGGCCGAUUCACACGAGAAGACAAGCUGAGUGGAAAUCGUUUCUGUGAUGAAAAGAAUGACUGGUUAGAAUCACACAAAGAAAAUGCCACUGUUGAAGACAUCUACAAGCAGAAAGAAGAACUUGAGGAGCUGUUGAAACCUAUCUUAAGCAAACUAGAUGAAUCAGAUGAAGACUUCUUUGCCAAAGACGUCAAGAGUGUCAAAAAAUAAUGCAGAGUGAGAGAACAACACUAAGGAGUCCCAAGUUUUGUUUUUACACUGGAAACUAAAACAUUCUCCCUCACUUUCUCACCAGAAUUCCAUCGCUCAACACCAAAAAUGAAACUUUUAACCUACGUUGAUAAAAAAGUUCAAUCGCUGAUGGGAUUAUCCCCGUUUUUUAUGUAAAUAUGACUUGUGUAUAUUAGGUUUCUUUUGUCUCCUCCUCCCACCCUAACUCCCCUCACAUGAUUAUAAUCCUAGCUUACCGUGUGGCACGAAAUUUUUGCAGGUUCCAGUUUUUGCGAUUUUUGCGGUUCUUCCAUGAUCCGCAAAAAAAGAAAGUUCCCGCAAAAAUAAAAUUCCCGCCAAAAUUUACUCCGUUGCGAAAUUUUGCAUACAAAGGUCACAUGUAGAAUCUUGUUGCCAUUUAUUUAAAAAGUCUCUUCCAUUCCGAAACAAAACGAUGAAAUUAGAAACAAAAUCUUUAAAAAUAGAACGUCCGAUGACAUUGCCCCUGGUACACUAAAGGUGUAGCUGCAAAAAAUUUCCAGAAAAGUAUCGUCUGAAGGGACCAUCGGUCACACUGGGGCAAAACUGGGGCAAGACGUAAUUGUAAUAGAGUGGCUGAUCACCGAGUUAAGAACGCAAAAUUUGAUACUCA